CAGUUACCAUGUCCAAUAUCACAGCAAAAUGGAUAGUAAUAGAAAAUAUAGAGAAAAAAAAUUAGUGCUCGUUCGUUCCUACAUGUUUACGGUAUACCGCAUGAAAUAAAUCCGGUUAUCGAGGUGUUAAAUAAUUCUCCACCGAAGAUAAUUCAUAUAAAAUCGUCCUAUUGGACACCGCAUCCCUUAAAAACGUCCUCAACAUGCUCUAGCUAAGCAUUAAGUGAAGAUCGAAAAAACGCAUAAGCUAGAGUACUGAGAACUUCCAAUAGCCAAUAAACAAAUAACAAAAAAAGAAAAUAAACAAUGCAAAGUUGGGGUCAAUGGCAAGUGCCACCGACUGGUCCAGCUGCUGGACCGAUGCCACAACCACCAGCGGCUCCAGGUUAUCCUUCUUCUGGCACUGAUCCCAUGGCAACAAUGCAAGCAUAUAUGCAAUAUUAUAAUCAACCAGCUCCUAGCGGAUAUACGGCUGAACAAUGGGCCGCAGCUCAACAACAAAAUUGGGCCCAAUGGCAACAAUGGCAGCAACAAUAUCAACAAUGGCAAGCACAAUAUGGUGCAAAGUAUCAAGAAUCUAUGAAACAGAUGUCAAGUAUCACUGGUAUUUCAACAUUGCAACCGCCUCCACUUCCUAAAGAAGAUUUUUCGACUAAACCACCUUUGCCACCUGAAAAUAUAAACCAAAACAUUGGUAUACCCCCGCCUACCCACAAUAACUUUCCAUUUUCGUUUAAAACAAACGUAAAUCCUCCCUUGCCACCUGGGCAACCACCACCACCCCCUGACAAUCCUCCGCCGUCUGAUAAUGAUUUAACCGGUAUUAAACGUAGUGCUAAUGAUCUUCUCAAUACUAGUAGUGCUAAAAAAUCCAAGAGUGAAGACGAUGAACUCACUGAUGCUGAAAAAACAUUUGACGCCCAAUUUAAACAAUGGGAAGAACAAUUUAAUAAGUGGAAACAACAGAAUGCUAAUCAUCCGGACAAGGCACAGUACAAGCAGUACGAAGCAAAAUGGACAUCAUGGCGGGAAAAAUUAAUUGAGCGGCGUGAACAAAUGAGAAAGAAACGAGAGGCGCAAAAAGCUAAAGCUGAAGCUGAAAAGAAAAAAUCAUUACCUGGUGGUGAUAAAUUACUUAAUAUAUUAUCAAAUACUGAAAAUCAAGGAUUGAUCAAUAACUUAUUGGGUAUUGGAAAAACACUUGGGUUGUCUGGUAAAGAAGCACCAUCUGUUCAAAGUAGUCAACCAACAUCAACUGUGACUUCGGUAAAUUUACCAGUACAGACAACAGCGCAGUCAGUAAUGCCGGGAAUUCCAGCUCCGAUGGCAGCUGACGUAAGUCAACAAGCUUGGGCUGCUCAACAAUGGGCUCAAUAUAACAUGGCUGCCAUGGGUGUUCCGCCGUACACAAGUUAUCCACCUCCAGUACUGCCACCACCAACUCAACAGCUAGGUGCUGCUCCAAAUCCACUUGGCUACAAUCAAGCAAUGGCUCCACCGGCCAAUCCACUUGGCAAUUUUUCUCAACCACCGCCGGGAUUCCCGUCCAAUACAAAUACAUUUUCUCAACCAUCAUCCGGAGGAUCAUCAGGAAAUCAGAAUGCGCCAUUUAAAUCUGAUGAUAACUCAAAUGUGCCAUUUAGAAAUGAUCAAUCAUUCAACAAUCGUUUCGGUUCAAAUGAUUCAAAUAAUCGUCAAAACCAAGAUGGUAAUGGGCAAUUUCGAUCCAAUGAUUCAUUCAAUCGUGACAGUGGUUCAAACCGAUUUAAUCAAGACGAUCGCAAUAAUUUUUCGGGUGAUCGCAAUAACUCCAAUUUCAGACGCGAUGGGCCACAAGGUCGGGACUUUGGAUCCGAUAAUCGAUCGAAUGAUUAUCGUUCAGGAGAUUCGUUUGGAUCUAAAGAUCGAUCAAACGAUAGAAACUUUGGUGACAAUAGAUUUUCGAGAGAUGAUGGAAAAUCGAGAGAUCAAGACCGAUUUGGAGGAUCUAAUAGGGAUUCGUUUAACUCUGGUUUUGAUCGCGGGUCAGGACCAAAUAAUCGAGGAUCGAUGGAUUCGGAAGAUCGCUUUGGUAACAAUAAAUUUAAUGAUGAUCGAUUUGGUUCUGAUAGAUUUAAUUCAGGAUCAGAUAGAAGAGACAACUUUGGUAACUCAAAUAAUCGUAAUCAAGGUAGAAAUAAUAAUAAUAAUAACAAUAAUAAUAAUAAUAAUAAUCGUUUUGAUUCGUCUGAUGACAUGCCACCAGAACUUAAAAAAUUAAUGGAAAAGCGACGAUCUGCUAUGGAUGUAUUCAAACCAUCAGGUUCCUUUUUGGCACCUGAUAAAUCCGACACUAAUUUCGGUUCUUUAAGUGAUAGUUUCAAAAAAAUUACUGGUGAUUCACCAUUUUUGCCUCGAAAUCGUUCUAAUGACUUUGGCCGAAGUUCUUUCUCUGAUAAUAAAGGAUCAUUUUCUGACAAUUCCAGAGGUCCAGGAUCUUUUGCUCCUAAUAAUGACCCAGACAGAGACAGAGAUAGAUUUCGUGAUGAUUUUCGCUCUCGAGGAUCUGAUUUCCGUCACCGUGGAUCUGACGACUUCAAUGAUCGUUCGGAUAAUACAGGACCACGUGGAUCGAACGAUUUUGGUCCUCGUGGCAGAGAUUUUGGACUGAGAGGAUCUGAUUCUGAUUUUGGCAAAGAUCGUGGGUUUGGAAAUUUCAUGAGUCGAUCAAAAACACCUCCUAAAGAAGAUUUAACACAAGCUGAUUUCCAUAAACCACCCCCUUUGAUGGAAGGACGUCAAUCAAUGCCGGACAAUCGCCAAUCAAUGACUGACAACCGCCAAUCAAUGCCGGACAAUCGCCAAUCAAUGCCGGACAAUCGGCAGUCAAUGUCGGACAACCGUCAACCAAUGCCGGAUAAUCGGCAAUCAAUGAUGGACAACCGUCAAUCAAUGACAGACAAUCGUCAAUCAAUGACGGACAACCGUCAAUCGAUGACAGAAGGACGUCAACCAGGAAUAGAAGAACGACCAUCUUUGAUAGAAGGACGUCCACCUGUGUCUGAAGAACAUUCAUUGAUGAAGGAAGGAUAUUCAUCGCUAAUAAGUAACCAGUUACCCGGAGAAGAAAAACAGUUGCCUGUAGUUAAUGAAAAUGAAAACACAAGUAAAUCCGUUACAGAGUCUAUACCGAGCCUCCCGGGUAUGGAUGUGCCACCGUGGAUGGAUCCUCAGAUCAUGCAAAAUCGUCCCCUUGACAAAGAUCAUACUGUAGCUGAAACUUCUUUCCCGAUUGCUGAAAGAAUAACAGAGUCAAAUAAUUCUGCUCCAAAUGAUGAAACUCUUAAGAGUCAGACCAUAAAACUUACGGAACCUGAAAAAAAAUUAGAUGUUUUGCCAUUUAUGGGUGAAAAUGAUCCAAAACCGGAAGAUCUCAAUAUGGAGCCACCACCUGAGUUACCGAACUUAGGUCCAGUCAAUAGAACUUAUGAAACAAAAGAACAAGCAAGAGCCUUUGAUUCUAGUUCCAAUGAUCGACCUUUUGAAAAAAGAGAUACUGGAUCUGACUCUUUCGGCAAUAAAGAGCAAAAAUCGUUUGAGGCUAAAGAUUCUGAUCUAAGAGAAUCUAGAGAAACUACUAAUUUUGACUCUAAGAGAUCUGAUUCAUUCGGGCCUAGAGGAUCUGAUACAUUUGGACCUCAAGGCCCUGAUUCGUUUGACUUUAGACGGCCUGAUCCAUUUGGACUUAAAGGGCCCGCUCCAUUCGGACCCAAAGAACCUGACACAUUUGGACCUCGAGGAUCUGAUUCAUUUGGACCUAGGGGAUCUGAUUCAUUUGGGCCUAGAGGCUCUGAUGCGUUUGGCCCUAAAGGGUCUGAUUCAUUUGGACCGAGAGGAUCUGAUCCAUUUGGACCUAAAGGAUCUGAUUCAUUUGGACCGAGAGGAUCUGAUCCAUUUGGACCUAAAGGACCUGAUUCAUUUGGACCGAAAGGAUCUGAUUCAUUUGGGCCAAGAGGAUCUGAUCCAUUUGGCCCUAGAGGAUCUGAUUCAUUUGGAUCUAGAGAAUCUGAUUCUUUUGGACCUAGAGGACCUGAUUCUUUUGGACCUAGGGGACCUGAUUCAUUUGGUCCUCAAGGAUCUGAUUCGUUUGGACCCAGAGGAUCUGAUUCAUUCGGACCCAGAGGACCUGAUUCAUUCGGACCUAGAGGUUCUGCGCCAUUUGGACAAAGAGGGCCUGAUUCAUUUGAACCCAGAGGAUUUGAUUCGUUUGAACCUAGAGGGCCUGAUUCGUUUGGACCUAGGGGCUCUGAUUCGUUUGGACCCGGAGGACCUGGUAUGUUCGGACCCAGAGGACCCGGUCCGUUUGGACCAAGAGGACCUGACUCAUUCGGGCCAAGAGGGCCUGACUCUUUUGGUUCUAGAGGACCUGAACCGUUCGGACCAAGAGGUAAUGACUCUUUUGGACCCAGAGGCCCAGAUUCAUUUGGGCCUCGAGGACCCGCACCAUUUGGACCUAGAGGACCUGAUCCGUUCGAAUCUAGAGGGCCUGACUCUUCGAAUUUCAGAGGUUCUGAUUCAUUUGGACCUAAAGGGCCCGAUUCAUUUGGGCCUAGAGAUCAAGGUGACAAUAAAUUUUCACCAUUUGGUCCUCAGUCUAUGAAUAAUCAAAGAGGCAAUUCAUUACUUACAGGCCCUGGUGGACUUAACGAUGAUCUUUUUAACAUGAGGAAUCUUAAUGAGCCAUUCUUGAAUAAUCGAGGACCCGACGAUUUCGGUUUUCGUCCACAAAACACUGGACCACCGUUCAAUGUACGCGAAUUUACUGAUCUGCCAUUUGGAUCACAUUGUGUUGAUAAACCCGCUCCACUUCGUGGACUCAAUGAAAAAGCUUUCGGCCCUAUUCCAAGUGUUGUUGAGCAACCAAAAAUUCCAUCACUUUUAUCCGUUAAAUUUGAUCCGCCAAUAGGAUUAUUGAAUGAACCUCGCAAUGAAAUAUUAAAAGACAGUCCUCUAGAUUCAUCAAAUCGACCUUUUGGUCUGAAUUCUCUACCCGGAUCAGGGCCACCAUUGGGUCCAGAGAGAGAUCAUCCAAUGCGAUCAAACUUCCCUAUAAAUGAUUUUUCUCCUCGUGAUAAUCCUGUAUCAUUAUUAGGGCCAGCUCCUGGAUCCGGGCCUGGACCUUUCUCAUCUUCAUUUGGACCAAUGCAGGGCCCCAAUGACAUGCAAUCUGGCUUUAAUAAGCCUUCAUUACAAAUGGAUAAUUCGUUUUCACGACGCAUGGGAAGUCAACCUGGUCAUAGACGCGAUGGGCCUAUGCAUCCAUCAUUCUGUAUUGAAAAGCAAUUUAAUUAUAAUCACGGCGAUGGAGCACCUAAUGAAGUAUUUAAUGAUUACAAACCAUCAAAGGUAACAGAUUAUGGUCAUAUCCGUCGUCCAACUGGUCAAGAUUAUAUUACACCAGUACAAUGCUUCGAUUACGGUCACGGUAGAUUGAAACCGAUUGUUCCUGAUCAUGAAAUUUAUCCAAGAAUGGACUUUAAACACUGGGUUGAUAAUGAACACAAUCUUAAAGAAUACAAUGAUGGAUUCUUAGCUUACAAAGAACGCCAGAAUAGAUCAAGAAAAGCUGAUAAAAAUCUUAGAACAGAACCAACUCAUGUUUGGAGACAUGAAGAACGCAGGAGAUUUAGUGACCAUUAUUCGUCACGAGAUAGAGAAGAUCGAAGGGAUAAUCGUGGAAAAGACAGUCGAGAAGACAAACGAGGAGACAGCCGGGACGAUAGAAGAGGAGAAAGUCGUGAAGAUAGACGAGGAGACAGUCGCGACGACAGAAGAGAAGACAGACGACUAAGUAGUUGGGAAGAUAGACGAGAUAGUCGUAGAGACAGAAGUGGUGACCGAGGAAAACGGGACUCAGGACAUUACAAGGAUCAUUCUGGGCAUUCGAAAGAUUCUAAAGACCAUAAGGAUACUAAAGAUUCAAAGGAUCAUAAGGAUCACCGGGAUAAAAAAGAUCGUCAGCCAUCUUGGGAAAUUGAAAUCGAAAAACUUAGCGAAGAGACUGCACGAAAAAAUGCUGGCGAAGACAGGACACGUGAUAAGUCGAAUCGAACUCAAAAGGAUACUAAUACUGAAAUAAAAAAAGAUGAAGAAAGAUCUAAAGGAAAUGUAAGCCGACAGGAGAAUUCCACAAACAAUUUCGCCGACUCAACUAAUCAGGAAUCGAGUCAAGAUGCUUCGAAAUUUGAAUCAAAGUCACCGCCUAGGACAAUGGAAUUGGCGAAGACAUCAAAUCUCACGAUGGUUGAUGAUUUACUGUUUCCACCAGGUCGUCAGAACCGACCACCAAAAAUAGCAAUCAUCCUGCGAGGACCACCUGGAAGUGGAAAAUCUUUUGUUGCUAAACUCAUUAAGGAUAAAGAACUAGAACAAGGAGGUUCAGCGCCUCGUAUUCUCAGUUUAGACGAUUACUUUUUAACUGAAAAAGAAGUAGAAAGUACUGAUGAUAAUGGAAAAAAAGUUGUUAAUAAGGAAAUGGUAUACGAGUAUGAGGAUGGAAUGGAGCCUAGUUAUUUAACAUCACUAGUCAAAGCUUUCAAAAAAAAUAUUGUCGACGGAUUUUUCAAUUUCAUAAUUCUCGAUUCUAUUAAUGAAAAAAUUUCAGACUAUGAAGAAAUGUGGAGUUUUGCUAAAUCGAAAGGCUUCAGGGCAUACGUUUGUGAAAUGGAUAUGGACGUUCAAAUUUGUUUAAAACGUAAUAUUCAUAAUCGAACUGAAGAUGAAAUCAACAGAAUCAUUGAUUAUUUCGAGCCGACACCAAAUUAUCAUCAAAUACUAGAUGUCUCAUCAUUGCUACAAGAUGAAGCCAUCGAGCAGGUACAAAUGGAAGAAGUUUCACCAAUUCCCGAUAAUAAAAAAAACACUGAUACUAAUGAAGACAGCCAGGAUAGUCAAGAAGGACAAGAUAAUUCACUGGGCGUGAGCAAGUGGGAAAAAAUGGAAGCCGAAGAUAAAUUAGAUCGUUUGGAUGGUUUGGCAAAAAGAAAAAACGACGGCAAACCUCAGACAAUGGAAGACUUUUUACAAGUUCCUGAUUGUUAUGACAGGGAAGAUUCUACAGGAAAAAAACGCGUCCGUUGGGCUGAUUUAGAGGAACGUAAACAGCAAGAAAAAAUGCGCGCAGUUGGUUUUGUUGUUGGGCAAACAAAUUGGAAUCGUAUGAUGGAUCCUACAAUGGGCAGCAGCGCUCUCACACGGACCAAGUUUUACAACUCGAAGGUUCAAGACCUACAUAAUUGAACGGAUAAUUAUCGCGAUAAUUUAGAAACAAUAAAUAGUAAUUUUUUUAAAAAAUAACUUUAAGAAAAGUUAGUAAAUUAUAAAUGUUAAUUGAGUCGUUUUAAAUAACAUUAAAUUUGUAAUAUGAAUUAUAUUAAUUAUAAUUACUAAUAAUUACUCAGUAUCGAUUGUGAAAAUGGAGAUUGCUUUUUAUAGUAUAAAAUUCAUUCAUUUUAAUCAUGCAAUUAAUAAAAAAAAUAAUAUUAACAUCAAUCAUUCCAUAAAUCGAAAACAAAACCCAAAA